AAACAACAUCUUCUACAUCAUUCAGUACAGUGAGCACCGGUGUAGGGCGGGCAGGCAGCCGCUUCGGAGGCGACGUACGGAGACAUGCUUCUUAACUACGGACACAAAAAGCCGGACGAACAUGACAUGAUUUAAGCAGGAAGAAAAGGACGGAAAAGGAGCUAAAAGUGAAAAGCGUUGUUGGAAGAAGUCUAAAGCUUCAUGUUUGUGUGUUAAUACCUGUCGACACCAACCCCCUCCACUGUGAAGAAUAACUCUUUUGGGCCGCAAAUCCAGCAGCUUGUGAUUCCAUGAUUUAGACUGCGCGCAGCUGCAAACAGACAUCCUUUUAUUGGGGCUCCUCUGACCUGUGACCCCCUGACACACAGAGGAUGGUGAUGGCGGAGGGGGCCCGGGGAGAGAGAGGUAGGGGGGAUCCAAUGGCUACCGUAGGACCAGGCGGAAGGGAGAUCCUGGUGGAGCUUAGGGAGCAGAACCUUGAUGCCAUUUGUCUCUCAACGUAUCGAACGGCCUGCAAGCUGAGAUUCAUUCAGAAGAGAUGCAACUUGCACCUCAUCGACAUAUACAACGUGAUCGAGGCGGUGCGCGACGCUGGUCUGAACGCCGUGGAACUGAAUGCCGGCAUUUCUGUGACCAGGCUGGAGAAUCUGGUGUCCUCCCUGUUCAACCAGCUGAGCAAGCGCCUGCCCACCACACACCCAAUCAAUCCACGAGAGAGUACUCUCCUGUUUGUCCAGUUCAUACUUGCUGCCAUUGAGAGCGAGCCAGAUGGCAGACUGACUGUGCUAUCAGUGAAAGCAAUUUUGUCUGUGUUGUGUGGAGGAAAACUAGUGGACAAGCUCCGCUAUGUGUUUUCUCAAGUGUCAGACUCUGGCGGCGUGAUGGUCCUGUCCAAAUUUGACAAUUUUCUAAGAGAGGCUCUCAAAUCGACUUACGCUGUGCACGAACGACCCUCCUUCGGCUACACGAACAACAUGGCUCGCUCUUGUUUCCCACAACAUAAGAGGGUGAUGAUCAACAUGUUCCUGGAUAUUGCAGCAGAUCCCCCUCCAUGUCUUGUCUGGCUGCCCCUAAUGCAUCGUCUUGCCACCGUGGAACAUGUUCACCACCCGGUGACAUGUUCCUACUGUCGCAGCAACGGUAUGACAGGCUUCCGCUAUCGAUGUCUCCGUUGCCGUGGAUACCAACUCUGCCAGGACUGCUUCUGGCACGGCAAUGCCAACGGCUCUCAUAACAACCAGCAUCAGAUGAAGGAGCACUCGUCCUGGAAAUCGCCCGCCACAAAGCUGGGCCGAGCGCUGGGCAAGACCUUGGGCUGCGUAUCGUCCAGGGAACCCCGUCACCCUCUUUACCCAGAAGAACCUGAGCGGACCUUGAAUCUGGCUAACAUUGUGCCCUCUCAACCUAUUGAGACCACGAGUUCGGCCAUGCUGCUCUCCCCACAAGCGUCAGAAUCCUCCAAGAGUUUGGCCGUGGCUCGACGCAUGAACGAGGAGCACGCUUUGAUCGCUGCUUAUGUGAAUCGCCUCCAGGGCAGUCCACGCGGCAUACACAGCCCCAGCAAGCAAGACGAGGAGCACAAACUCAUCGCCCGUUACACCUCUCGACUGGCAGAGACUGAAAGCUCAGGGGUGAUACCCACACGGAGCAUUAACUUUGAUGUGAACAAACAGAAGAGAGAGCUCAUUGCGCAGCUGGAAUGCAAAAACAGAGAAAUUUUGGCAGAGAUCAAACGUCUCCGCUCAGAACAUGACGCCAUGUGCCAGCCCAGUCCGGAGAAGGGCAGCACCAACCCAACUCUCUUGGCGGAGCUUCGCCUGCUCAGACAGAGGAAAGAUGAGCUGGAGCAGCGAAUGUCGUCUUUACAAGAGAGCAGAAGAGAACUAAUGGUGCAGCUGGAGGGAUUGAUGAAGCUUCUAAAGGAUGAGGAACAGCGACAGGCAGCGCAGGCAGCUGGUUCUUCCCACGCUUUUCCUUCUCGACCGAGUCCAUCACCUGUCCGCUCUAUGGGUACCGCGUCACCCCAGAUGUAUUCGCCCCAAGACUCCCUCGCUGGGGUGGGCGGAGAUGUACAGGAGGCUUUCGCCCAAGGCCCCAGAAGAAACCUGAGGAAUGACCUCCUUGUGGCAGCCGACUCCAUCACCAACACAGUGUCCUCACUGGUCAAAGAGCUUCAUUCAGACGAUGGCCGUGAGGAAGAGGAGAGGUUGCUAAACGGCAAGGACAGAGGUUAAAUUGGACCACGGGAUGGAAAAAAAUCACUUGAUGUCAUCCCGGCCAAGGAGGAGCUAAACGGUGACAGAAGAGACUUCCUGAUGAGCACAAGUGCCAAUCAACCAAUCACAAUGCUGGACACCAAAAGGGCCUUCUGGUCCUCUACUGAUGUAUAGCUCUGAAUCAGUGUUUGUCUUUGUCACGGUCAUUUUGCUUUUUUCCAGCAGAAGAAUCUGGAGCCUACUGAUUUGUGCCGUGGCGCAUGUGUGUGUGUGUGUGUGUGUGUGUGUUUCUUUUUUAAGGCAUGCGGCGGUUCAAGUAAGUAAGAGGAUGUGCGUGAAGAGGAGGGGUUGUCGGGAUGUAGUUGAGGUGGGAAGAGAAGGUCAAGAGAUGAGUUAAGUUUCAGCACUGUGUGCUUUGUAUUUAUUUUUGCUUUUAAUUGAUGGUAUGUGCCAUGUGAGAGUUCGUAUGUAAGCGAGUGAGGUCAGAUCCUGCUGAGACAUGAAUCUUUAGUGGGACACUUGCUGCUGUAUCCAAGCGCGAUUGUCCUGGUCCACGUGUGAAUAACUCUACAGGUGCUCAUAUUAUAGCAGCUCAUGCUGCCUGCUUUGGUACUGAGGAGGUCAGACUAGUGUGCGUGUGUGUGUGUGUGUGUGUGUGUGUGUGUGUGUGUGUGUGUGUGUGUGUGUGUGUGUGUGUGUGUGUGUGUGUGGUGCUAAACAUAUAUUAUUAAGAUAUUGUAUGCAACAGCAAAGUGGGAGGAGACAUUUGUACUACAUUACCACUCUGUAGCUUUGGAUGAAGCAGGCUUUUUCCUCAAGUGUGACACAGCGGACCUCCCUGAUUACCCGGAAAAUUACUAUUGUGGAAUAUUCUUUUUCUCACUGUGAGAAAUAAAAAUGACUUCAUUUUGCGUUGUCAUACGUAACGUUAGAACAGCAGGUUGAAAAUAUGUUUUUAUUUUAUUUUUCUCAUGCCGCUGCCCCUCCCUUUAAUUCUUUUGGUGCCUCCCACUUGAAAGAAAACUAUCUUUAAAAGAAAAUCCGGGCUGUACUAUUGCCGUAUUGACCCAAAUAUAAGUCACAAUGAUAUAUGAUAUAUUAAUGAAUAUAGUUGAAUAUUAAAUUAUUUAUUAGCAGACAAAAUUGCCAAGUGUUCAAUAUACAUAGAGCCUCACACUUUGAAAAGUCACGCUUUAGAAAAAAAUCGGGGCUGCAUUAUAGUAUUGAUGCAAAUGUUAGUCAAAAUACAAUUAAUGAAUAUUAAAAUAUUUAUUUUAAGACACAAUGUACUUUUUAAAAACAAGGCAGAAGUUGUAUCUAUCUUUGGCAUUGUAACAUUACAGUUUGAACAGUAACACUGAAUAUUUGAAUAAGUGAUUAUUUGGCAUACCACUAAAUGGAGCCUGCGUAACACUAGGGCAGGGGUCGGAAAACUUUUUGGCUUAGAGAGCCGCGAAAGCCAAAUAUUUAAAAAUGUAUUUCCGUGGGAGCCAUUUAAUAUUUUUUUAAUACUGAAUACAACUAAAUGCGUGCAUUUAAGUAAGUCUCUUACUGUUUUUAAUAAAACUGUUAUUCUGAAGCUAACCAAUAAUACAUAAAAUACUUCUUACCAUUAUUUCAACUUCUAGAGCUGCAUGCUUUUGCUGAUGGCUUUGUAGUCUCGUUGAUAUUUGGUUAUUUUUAACACUGAGAUUACCAGCCGAAUUAUUCAUUACUUAUCAUGUUAAGCAAUGUCAGUUAAGAUUUGUGGGGGUGGUAUAGCUCGGUUGGUAGAGUGGCCGUGCCAGCAACUUAAGGGUUGCAGGUUCGAUUACUGCUUCCGCCAUUUUAGUCACUGCCGUUGUGUCCUUGGGCAAGACACUUUACCCACCUGCUCCCAGUGCCACCCACACUGGUUUAAAUGUAACUUAAAUAUUGGGUUUCACUAUGUAAAGCGCUUUGAGUCACCAGAGAAAAGCGCUAUAUAAAUAUAAUUCACUUCACUUCAUCUGAGCCAGAUGCAGUCAUCAGAAGAGCCACAUCUGGCUCUAGAGCAGUGGUUCUUAACCUUGUUGGAGGUACCGAACCCCAACAGUUUCAUAUGUGCAUUCCCCGAACCCCUGUUUAGUGAAAAAUAAAAUGUUUUUGUUUUUUUUCAAGUUCAAGAAAAAGUCAUAUUUUUUUUACUGGUGCACAAAAUGAACCGUGCAUGAACAUCACCUUGUCCAAAGAACAAAACCAACACAGUAUAUGAACUCACAACAAAUUACACACCUUACCAUGAAUUGAUUGACCUGGACCCCGACUUAAAGAAGUUGAAUUUAGUGGUCAAUUGUACGGAAUAUGUAGUGUACUGUGUAAACUGUACUGUUUCAUAUAAUGUAUUCUCUUCCUUUUCAAUCUGCUAGUAAAAGUUUCAAUCAAUCAAUCAAUCAAUCAAUCACAAAACCUGCAAAUCAGAUGGAAAAUUAGAGGGAAUAUUGUUUGGGGGUAUCCAUAAUACGCUGAUAGGGAGAAGUUUUUAUUUACACAAUAAGUCUGAUGUGUCUUUACCUCCGUGGCGGAGACUCUGCCGAACCCCUGAGGCCAACUCACCGAACCCCUAGGGUUCGAUCGAACCCAGGUUAAGAACCACUGCUCUAGAGCCAUAUGUUCCCUACCCCUGCACCACUGCGCUACGGUAUUUAAAACCAUUCGGGUCAAGUUCAUAUAGUUUAAACUUAAACGUUCUCAACGUUUUCAUUUUAUCACUUAAUCUAUUUCAGAGAGGCCAAAAUGACUCCUCACACUUUGCUACUCUUUUGCCUUUUUCAUUUCAAGCUUUCUGAACCCUGCAGUGGAUUAUGGAAAUGGGUUUUGCUGCCUACUUUAAGCUAUUAAAAAAAAAAAAAAACACAGCAGCCCACCAUGCUGUGUGUGCGUGUGUGCGCAAGCAUUAAACCAAAGAAACCAGCUUGUACAAGCUCAGUAUUUUAAAGAAACAUUUUCGAUUUUUAGUAAGACAUUAAAGAUGGCCCUGUUUAUGAUGCCUCAGGUUUACAUAGAACAGGACGGUCAUUAAAUGUGCUUAUUCAUGUUUCCCCUGCUACCUUACUUGAAACUGUAAACAACGCUGAACCUGUGUGCGAGUGAUGUGUUGGGUCUGCAAUAAAUGAUAUUUAUCAUCAAA